UGGCUCGAGCAGUGCCUUUUUCGACGUCAUGUCCUCACAGCCCAGUGCUCCUGUAGGCGUGGCUCCGGCCGCCACUGCCUUCGUCGCGCCGCACGUCGCGGCUGCGCGCCUUCCGCACAGCCACCGGCCCUCACGGGGUGCUGAAGCGCCCAGCUCCUCCGCGGCAGCGGGUGCUCUACCCAUGUUCCUCCUUGGCACGGCGGGUGUGGCUGCCUGCCGUCGUGCAGCCCGUGGCAGUGCCGUGGCCUCCCGUGCCAUGCCACGGAAGCCGGGCAACACGCGGGCACUGCGCGCUGUGACCACGCUGCAGGCCGAGGCCCAACCACAACGGGUGGCAAUGCAGGCAACAGCUGUGGCUGAGGCGCCCACCAAGACUUAUGAGAUUGGACAGAAGCUUCAUGGCUGGACGUGUGUCCGUGCUGAGCACAUCAAGGAGUACAGCUGCACUGGCUACGUCUUCCAGCAUGACCAGACGGGUGCCGAGCUUUUGUCCAUGGUGCAGCCGGCAGAUGAGAACAAGACGUUCAGUGUGGUCUUCCGGACCCCUCCGGAGAAUUCCAACGGCAUUGCUCACGUGUUGGAGCACUCCGUGUUGUGCGGCAGCCGGAAGUAUCCGCUCAAGGAGCCUUUUGUGGAACUUAUGAAAUCCAGCCUGCAGACCUUCCUCAAUGCCAUGACCUUUCCAGAUCGGACGUGCUACCCUGUGGCCAGCUGCAACUUGAAGGACUUCUACAAUCUGAUUGAUGUCUACAUGGAUGCAGUUUUUUUCCCUCGGGCCAUCGAUGAUCCUCGAGUUUUGGCACAAGAAGGGUGGCACUAUGAAAUUGAGAAGAAGGAUGAGCCCCUCAAGUACAAGGGUGUGGUUUUCAACGAGAUGAAGGGUGUCUACUCCAACCCGGACGCCGCGCAUGGCCGCACAGCCAACCAAUCGAUGUUCCCAGACAACCAGUACGGUGUCGACUCCGGGGGCGACCCGACAGAGAUCCCCAAUCUGACCUUUGAGUACUUCAAGGACUUUCACAGUAAGUACUACCACCCAAGCAAUGCCAAAUUUUGGUUCUAUGGCGAUGAUCCUCCAGAUGCCCGCCUCGAGCUUGUGGACAAGUACUUGUCUGAGUUCUCCAAGAUCGAGGUGGACUCCAAGAUCGAUGUGCAACCCUUGUGGAAGGAGCCUCGCAGGGUCGUUGAAGAGUUUGCGGUGGGUGAAGAUGAGGACACCUCCAAGAAGACCAUGGUCAGUGUGAACUGGGUGAUUUCAGAGGGCAAGGAUGAUCUUGAGACUAGCCUUGCCCUUCAGUUCUUGAACUACCUGAUGAUGGGAACGCCUGCGAGCCCACUGUACAAAGCAUUGAUUGACAGUGGCAUGGGCUCCAGUGUCAUUGGUGGUGGCAUGGAUGACGGUAUGUUGCAAACGACCUUCAGCGUCGGCUUAAAAGACUUGAAGGAAGAAGAUGUGCCCAAAGUGGAGGAGCUUGUGAUGAAGACCCUGGAGGAGUUGGCCGAGAAGGGCUUCGAGAGCGACGAUAUCAAGUCAGCUGUGAACACCAUCGAGUUCCGCAGCCGCGAGCUGAACACAGGCAGCUUCCCCAAAGGCUUGGCACUCCUCUUUGCGGCCAACAACAAUUGGAACUACGACAAGGACCCCUUUGAGGCGUUGCGGUUCGAGGAGCCGUUGGCGGAUUUGAAGGCGCGCCUGGAGAAGGGAGAGCCCGUCUUCCAGGACCUGAUCCGCACCAAGAUCUUAGAGAAUUCCCACAAGGUGAUUGUCGAGAGCAAACCCAGCAAGGAAGUGGGAAAGAAGAUGGAAGAGGAUGAGAAAGCUGCAUUGGAGAAACAUCGAAAGACCCUGAGCGAGGAGGACAUCGAAGCCCUGAUCAUCGAAACAGUGAAGCUGAAAGAGAUCCAGGAGACGCCUGACUCGCCCGAGGCCAUGAAGACAGUGCCGGGAUUGGAGCUGGCGGACAUCCCAAAGGAGACGCCCAAGAUCCCCACAGAGAUGAAGGGCUCCGAGCCUGUGGUCUUGCGCCAUGCACUGCCCACGAGUGGGGUGAUCUACAUGGACGUUGCCUUUGACCUCUCCAGGGUGCCACAGGAGCUUCUGCCAUUGGUGCCACUCUUCACCAGAGCUUUGACACAGCUGGGCACUGCCAAGGGGGACUUUGUGGACCUUACCCGGCGUGUGGGCAUGGGCACUGGAGGCAUUGCAGCCUCGACGAUCUGCAUGAACAAGAAGGGCGAUCCAGAGCCUGUCGCGUAUCUCUUCAUGCGAGGCAAGUCGAUGGCUGACCAGCUGUCUGGGCUUUCAGACUUGAUGGAGGAGAUUGCUUUGACAACAGAUUUUGAUAACAAGGACCGCAUUGUACAGCUGGCUACCCAGGCACGCUCCCGUGCCCAGUCAGCCAUUAUCUCCUCUGGCCACAUGAUCGCAAACGCCGGCCUGGCAGCACAGACCACCAAGGCUGGAUGGUUGUCUGGACAAUGGACCGGCGUUGAGCAGUACAAGUCUUUGUCCGACAUUGUGGAGCGAAUCGAGAAGGGUGGCUGGGAUGGUGUGUUGCAGCAGCUGAAGGCCCUGCAAGCAUGCAUCUUCAACCAGGCAUCCUGCAAAAUCUUGAACAUCACCUCCGACUCUGAGCAUUUGGAUGCUGCUCAGGGUUCCUUGGAGCGUUUGGCUGAGCAUUUGCCAAAAGACGAGGCCAGCCCAGCGGUGCUCUUGGACCCCAGCUUGGGACGCCGUGCUGAUGGCAUCGUGGUGCCGACACAGGUGAACUAUGUGGGGAAAGGUGGGAAUUUGUAUGAGAACGGCUAUGAUUAUCACGGCUCCUCACUGGUGGUCUCCAAGUUGCUGGGUGCCACCUAUCUGUGGGACAAGGUGCGGGUCAGCGGAGGUGCUUAUGGUGGCUUUUGCCGCUUUGACCCUCGGAGCGGAGAUUUCAAGUACCUCUCCUAUCGUGACCCCAACCUGGGCCAAACUCUGGACACCUACGAUGGUGCCCCUGCCUUCCUGAAGGACUUGCAAAUUGGAGAGGAUGAACUGGUGAAGGCCGUGAUUGGCUGCAUGGGAGACGUCGAUGCCUAUCAGCUGCCAGAUGCCAAGGGAUAUUCCGCAAUGUUGCGGUACCUCUUGGAAGAGGAUGAUGAGUACAGGCAAAAGGUCAGAGAUCAGCGCCUGGGCUUGCUAAGAAAAAUAUUGCUGAACACUACAGUGGGGUUGUGUGCACUUUCGCCUGGCUAUCUGCCAGUAAUGUUGUGUUCGUCUAACCACAUAGCAACCUCACGUUUGACUUUAGCUGAAGAAUCAGCCGGGACGGGAACAUUCCGAGUUUGAGCCGCGAAGAGUUUAGCCUCAGGAUUUUAGGCACCACUGUGGAGGACUUCCACAAGUUCGGCGAAGCCCUGGAGCCGGUCGUCGAGAAGGGCGGCAUUUGCGUGGUGGGCUCCGCCGAUGCCUGUGGUGAGGCGAAGGAGAAAUAUGGCCUCACUCUCACCAGCCCGUUUGCAGAGGAGUGAGCCGGGCAGGCCGUCGUUUCCACGCAAAGGUGCCAACAAGGUACAGAAAUGAGGCCUUGCACAGGACCUCUAAAGCACUGGUACCUUACCAGAGAUGGUUUUACAAUUUCGGCAGAUUCUCUGCCCUGCAACAAACCACGCCCGAGAGCCAAAGACAGGCGAUUUGGUUUGAGGGUGGUAGUUGGUAGUCGGCGGGUGAGCAUUUCUGUCAACUCAUAGUGAGCAAAGCGAGGGCUCCGCACCAAAUCAACACCCAAUUGCAUGUUUUACUUUACAGGCAUUUUGAGUUCCGAG